GAUUUUUGUUGCACCUUCCUCUGCCGCCUCUCUCUCUUGUCUUCUCUUUCUCUCUCUCUCUCUCAUUGCAUCUCAUGCCUUGUAUUCAUUCUUAAAAAUCCAAAGUUGAAAAGGUUGUCAACAAGGGAAGACACAAGUUGAACCUCAAAGGAAAAUACAGUGCCACCUCAAAAUAGAUCAAACAAACCUUGUUCUUUUAUGUGCACAACCCAACCUGCUGCUAUUAUCAUAAGGAUUGGAUUCUGACAAGGAUUUCUCUAUGGGAGAAGCACCUAUUGGUCAAGACCUGCAGAAUGGGAAUGACAAUGACUUUGAAUCAAAAAGCGGGACUUUUGAAACCAGCACUAUCAUUGGUGAAAAAAAGUAUGUCAUUGGUGGAACUGCUGGUGGAACUUUUUAUGUGAAAGUUCAAAUUCUUGACAACAACUGUCUUGGGGAAUGGGUUAAUGUUGUUGAGCUAGGCACUAAACCCAUUUCAUGUAAUGGCCACUCAGCCGUGCUUUUGAAAGACAGAAUACUAAUUCUUAAGAAAAAUUCUAACCCAGAUGACUGUAUAUGGUUUCUGGAGGUGGACACUACAUAUGUCAGGCAGCAGCAGAAAAAAAAUUUGGGGACUGAGGUUGUAGCAUGGAGUAAGGGUGUGAUAGGAAACGUGGAGAAACCUGUUGUUAUAAGUGGUCCUUCUGGAGUAGGUAAAGGAACAUUGAUAUCUCUCCUUAUGAAGGAAUUCCCCUCUAUGUUUGGCUUUUCUGUGAGCCACACAACCCGUGCCCCGAGAGGCAUGGAGAAAGAUGGGGUCCAUUACCAUUUUACGGAGAAGAAUGUUAUGGAGAAAGAGAUUAAAGAUGGCAAGUUUCUGGAGUUUGCUUCUGUCCAUGGAAAUCUCUAUGGGACCAGUGUUGAGGCUGUGGAGCUGGUAUCAGAUGCAGGGAAAAGAUGUAUUCUUGAUAUUGAUGUUCAAGGGGCAAGAUCCGUGAGGGCUAGUCCUCUAGAAGCCAUGUUCAUCUUUAUCUGCCCCCCAUCAAUGGACGAACUGGAGAAGCGUCUUCGUGACCGAGGGACUGAGACAGAAGAACAGGUCCUAAAGCGACUACGAAAUGCUCAGGCUGAGAUUGAGCAAGGGAGAUCAUCAGGCAUAUUUGAUCACAUCUUAUUCAAUGACAAUCUUGAGGACUGUUAUGAGAAUCUGAAGAAAUUAUUGGGACUUGAUGAAUAUGCCACUACUCCCAAGUCUGUACCAAAAGAGAUAAAUCUCCCAAGGGAUCAUUCAGUGUCAAAAAUUGAUGACAAAAUCAUCAUAAAUUCCACGUCUUCAAAACUAGAAAAGGAAUCAAAGAACUUGAUCAUGUUAGACGUGUCUUGUCUUAAAGGGGGUGCACCAGGACGGACAAGAGGACUUAAUAUAGAAGCCAUUGACUCGUUUUCAGAAGGCUUCAAUGGCAAUGGGAAUGGACCAAUUUGACAUUCAAUGAACCUGGUCAAACUAACUCUGUUUCUCUCCAUUCAUAUAUAAAAAUUAUUUGAAACAAUAGGUCACAGGAUGAGGAUGAGGCACUAGGUUCAUAUUUUUUAGAUGUUUUUUUCAUGUCUUGAUUUGAUGCGUCUGGAACAAUUCUUUUACCCUACAGUGAAUCAGAAAUUUUAAUGUUGUUAUUCUUAGUACAUUCCAAUCAUCAACAAAGGCAAAGGUUGUAAUCCACAAUUUUUUGUGUAUAAUCAAUAACUAUAGAAAUUAUUUCUCA